AUACGGUAGCCUUUGUUCCCAUCUCUGGCUGGAACGGAGACAACAUGCUGGAGGCCAGUCCUAAUGUACGUAAGCAAGAAGCUAAAGUGCAUUUAUUAUUUAUUAUCGUUAUACUAGGAUAGCAUUGCAGCCACAGUGAGCGGUCUAUGAGUAUAUGUAAUAUAAUGUAGGGGUGUGCCGAUUACGUCAUACGCGUAAUCGUAUCCGUUUUAUCACACUUGAUACUCGUAAUCGUAUCCGUUUUAUCACACUUGAUACUCGUAAUCGUAUCCGUUUUAUCACACUUGAUACUCGUAAUCGUAUCCGUUUUAUCACACUUGAUACUCGUAAUCAGAAAAACCCAGAAGUGCACUUUAAAUGCUGGUAAAGCCUAUACCGCAAGUGCACAUUACUGCGCAUUGUUAUGUUCCUUCACACACACGUUGUUCAAAGGUAAAUGACCCAGACAGAUGGAAAUGCACAUUAGGGCCAUUUACUUACUUAGCCCUAUUCAAUUAUCAACGAAAUAAGCUAAUAAAUACCCUAAUGCAUGGCUGGCUACUACUGCAUGCAUUUAUUCCAGACACAGAUUUAGAGAAAGGUAGGCUAAUUCGCUUGCCCCAUAUAUUGUUUCACUUUUGAGAGGAGCAAAACUUAUCUCCUGACACUUAUGCCACAACAUUUGUACAAUUAAAAUAACUAUUAUUGUAAUUUUAUUUUCUAAUGAUAUGUCGCUUGGUAAACAUGUCUGGGCCAGAAUAAAUAAUAAUAGCAAGAAGCAUGGGCUUGGAUCACGACAUAACAGACAUCGUCAGCAAUGGAAUAAUUAUACGGACAAAGUAGGCCUACUAAACAACGCCAAGUAGACAGACAAAAACAACCAUAUGGCCUCAGCAAAGUCUACAGAAAAUAACUAGAUUGAACAACAAUGACUAGCUACGGAUUCUGAUUCAUAUAUGAUGUUUGGAGAAGGGGAGACUUGUGCCCCGAGAAGAGUGACUGUGAGUGAAAACAGCCGUGCGUGUCUGGGGAAAUUAGAGCAGAUAGAGCGGCUUGUUCUAAUCCAAUCAUUGCAGCAGGCUCAACAAAUAGUCUGCCAGUUUCUUUACAGACAGAACUAGUCAAUAGUUGUUUGGAGCACACAGGGCUUCACACUGAGUGAAAUAGAGAUGCGUGCUGACAGCUGAAAAAAUGUAAUAAAUCUGAUCACUUGUGUCAAUCAUAUUCUGAAUAUUCUCCAUAUUCGUUAUACUUGUUUUAUCCGAGUAUUCGGCACACCCCUAUUAUAAUCUGCUCUCCACUUUAAUUUGAAGAAAGUAAGUCAAUGAAAAAUGUGGAGCACGGCGCACUUUAUAACUGUGCUUUGGACCUACUGCUCACUCCGGUCUCCUGCGUGCUCAGAUGACCUGGUUUAAGGGAUGGAAGAUCACCAGGAAGGAUGGCAGUUCGUCCGGUACCACCCUGCUGGAAGCUCUGGAUGCCAUCCAGCCCCCAUCCCGCCCCACCGACAAGCCCCUCCGCCUACCCCUGCAG